ACAAAUUUUCCCAAAAAGAAAAAAGAUUCUCUCAUUCGUCUCCUCAAAAAUUGAAAAAACAAAAUUUUAUGUGCUCCUAACUGUUCUCCCACAUAAGUCCAAAACCAAAUCACUUUAUUCAUCUUCUUCUUCUUCUUCAAUCUCUCUCCCUCCCUCGCAUCGAUUUUCAAUUUCGUAAUCUUUUCAUCGUUGAAACACAGAGAUUGAGAGAGAGAGAGAUUCUCCUCCUCCUCUCUUUCGUUUCUUCUACAAGUUUUCGUGAUCUCGAUUUUCCCUAGCUUCCGUCUCCAGUUAAUCAAUCAUACAGAGGUUAUCGCUGAUCUCGCAGUUUCGGUAAAGAAGCGUUCGAGUUUCUAAGGCUAAACCCAUUAAGUUGAUUCUGGAUCUUCCCUGGAGCUCUAAGGAAAAGGGAUGAAUGAAUACUGGGUUUCCAAGACCUCUAAUUGUUAAGUUGAACAAGUAAUUGGAGAGACCGAAGAAAAAGAUAUGAGAAAGCAUCGGUUUAGAGAGACCUUGAAGUCUUUCUUUGAGCCUCAUUUUGAUCAUGAGAAAGAUGAAAUGCUUAAAGUAACCAAAUCUGAAAUAGAUGAAAAGGUGAAGAAAAUCUUGGGAAUGGUUGAGAGUGGAAACAUCGAUGAAGAUAAAUCUAAACGACAGGUGGUUUCAGAGUUGGUGAAUGAACUCCACAAGGAGUACCAGUCUCUAUAUGAUAUAACGGGAGAGAUUAGGAAAAAGGUCCACGAGAAAGGAGAAAACUCUUCUUCAUCGAGCUCAGACUCGGAUUCUGACCAUUCUUCGAGGAGAGAGACCAAGAAAAAUGGAAAAGUAGAGAAAGAUGACUUGAAGCAACAAAUUGAAACUGCGGAUCAUGAAAUUGCUAAUCUGAAAAAUAAGUUGACAACGAGUGUUGAAGAAAAAGAAGCAGUAGAUUCCGAGCUUGAAGCAGCUUUGGUGAAGUUAAAAGAAUCAGAAGAGAUCAUCAGCAAUUUGAAACUUGAAACAGAGAAGUUAGAGGGCGAAAAGACAACAGCUCUGAGUGAUAGCAGCGAACUACGUCAGAAACUGGAAGUUGCUGGCAGAACAGAAACUGAUCUGAACCAGAAGUUAGAAGAUGUGAAAAAAGAAAGAGAUCAACUGCAAACUGAGAUAGACAAUGGUAUCAAAAGAUUUCAAGAAGCUGAAAAAAUUGCAGAAGACUGGAAAACAACGAGUGAUCAACUCAAAGAUGAAGCUACUAAUUUCAAGCAGCAGCUAGAAGCAGCAGAACAGAGAGUUUCUGAUCUGAACCGCGGAAUGAGUAGUGCAGAGGAAGAGAACAAAUCUCUAUCCUUGAAAGUUACGGAGAUUUCAGGUGAGAUCCAACAGGCACAGAACACCAUACAAGAACUCACUUCCGAAUUGGGAGAGGUGAAAGAAAAAUACAAGGAAAAAGAGAGUGAGCACUCUAGUUUGGUGGAGUUACAUGAGACCCAUGAGAAAGAAUCAUCCACUCAAGUGAAAGACUUAGAAGCACGAGUAGAAUCAUCAGAGAAGUUGAUUGUAGACUUGAACCAAAACUUGAAUAAUGCAGAAGAAGAGAAGAAACUGCUCUCUCAAAGAAUCUCAGAAAUCUCUAACGAGAUUCAAAAGGCGGAGAACACCAUACAAGAACUCAUGUCUGAGUCUGAACAGUUGAAAGAGAGCCACAGUGUGAAGGAGAGAGAAAUUUUUGGUUUGAGGGACAUCCAUGAGACUCAUCAGAGAGAAUCAUCCACCCGAGUGAGUGAAUUAGAAGCUCAACUAAAAUCAUCAGAACAGCGCGUCUCAGAUAUGACUGCUAGUCUGAAGGCUGCAGAGGAAGAAAACAAAGCUAUUUCCUCGAAAAUUUUGGAAACUACAGACAAGUUGGAACAGGCACAAAAGACGAUUCAGGAACUAAUCGCUGACCUGGGAGAGAUGAAAGAAAGGUACAAGGAAAAGGAGAUUGAGCAUUCCAGUUUGGUGGACUCACAUGAGACCCAGCUUAGAGAAUCAGCGAGUCAUGUGAUAGAAUUAGAGGCUCAAGUGGAAUUAUCAGAGAAAUUGGUUGCAGAUUUGAACAAAAGUCUGAACAAUGCAGAGGAAGAGAAGAAACUGCUCUCUCAGAAAAUAUCAGAAAUUUCCAACGAGAUUCAAGAGGCGCAGAACACGAUACAAGAACUCGUGUCUGAGACUGAACAGUUGAAAGAGAGCCACAAUGUGAAAGAAAGAGAAUUUUCUGGUUUGAGGGACAUCCACGAGACUCAUCAGAGAGAAUCAUCCACACGCACGAGUGAGUUGGAAGCUCAACUGAAAUCAUCAGAACAGCGGGUCUCAGAGUUGAGUGCGAGUCUGAAUGUUGCAGAGGAAGAAAGCAAAUCCAUGUCUUCGAAGAUCUUGGAAACUACAGACGAGCUCAAACAGACGCAGAACAAGGUACAAGAACUAAUGGCUGAAUUGGCAGAAUCGAAAGAUAUACACAUACAAAAAGAAAGUGAGCUUUCUAGUUUGGUGGAGGUACACGAGGCACAUAAGAGAGAUUCAUCAAGUCGAGUGGAAGCAUUAGAAGCGCUGGUGGAAUCAGCAGAGCAACGAGUUAGAGAUUUGAACCAGAGCCUGAACAGUGCUGAGGAGGAGAAGAAAAUGUUAUCUCAGCGAAUUUCAGAGAUGUCGAAUGAAAUCAAGCAGGCGGAGAACACCAUACAAGAACUCAUGUCUGAGUCUGGACAGUUAAAAGAGAGCCACAGUGAGAAAGAGAAGGAACUUUUCGGUUUGAGGGAUAUCCAUGAGACUCAUCAGAGAGAAUCAUCCACUCAACUAAGAGAGUUAGAAGCGCAACUGAAGUCAUCUGAACAAAGGGUUUCUGAUCAGAGUGAAAGUCUGAAGAUUGCAGAGGAAGAAAACAAAACCAUGUCGACUAAAAUAUCAGAUACUUCAGGGGAGCUCAAAAGGGUACAGAUCACGUUACAAGAACUCACAGUUGAGUCAAGCAAACUGAAAGAGCAGCUUGCUGAGAAAGAAGCAGAACUUUUACAUCUGACAGAGAAGGAAAGCAAAUCACAGUUGAAAAUAAAAGUCCUAGAAGAAACAGUAGCGACCCUUGAGCUGGAGAUACAGUCAGUUCGUGCUCGUACAGUAGAUCUUGAGACAGAGAUUGUAGGCAAGACCACUGAAAUUGAGCAACUGGAAGCGCAAAACAGAGAAAUGGUUGCUAGAAUCUCGGAACUUGAGAAGACAAUGGACGAGAGAGGUACUGAACUCGCUGCUUUAACCCAAAAACUUGAGGAUAACGAGAAGCAAUCGUCGUCCACAAUUGAGAGUUUGACAGCUGAGAUCGAUGGCCUACGGGCCGGACUAGAUUCAGUGUCUCUUCAAAAGGAGGAGUUAAAGAAACUAAUGGAGAGCAAAGGCAAUGAAGCUUCAAUGCAGAUUAAGGGUUUGAUGGAUGAGAUCAAUGGUCUGGGCCAGAAAGUGGCGUCACUUGAAAGCCAGAAAGCAGAACUUGAGCUCCAACUUGAGAGGAAGUCCGAGGAGAGCUCUGAAUAUAUGAGUCAGAUUACAAAUCUAAAAGAUGAGAUCAUAAGCAAGGUCAAAGAUCACGAGAAUAUUCUAGAAGAGAGAAAUGGUUUAUCUGAGAAGAUCAAGGGUCUUGAAGUUGAGAUAGAGACUCUACAGAAACAGAGAAGUGAGCUUGAGGAGGAGCUAAGAACUAAAACAGGAGAGAUUGUUCAAAUGCGCGAUAAGAUUAACGAAGCAUCGACUGAAACAGUGGCCUUAGCAGAACAGAUCAACAAUCUGCAGGAUGAACUUGAUUCACUGCAGGUCAAGAAGAGUGAGACCGAAGCAGAGCUUGAUAGAGAGAAGCAAGAGAAAUCAGAAUUGUCUAAUCAGAUCAUUGAUGUCAAAAGAGCAUUGGUAGAGCAAGAAACUGCUUACAAUACACUGGGAGAGGAACACAAACAGAUCAGCCAACUGUUAAAAGAACGUGAGGAGAUACUUAAUAAGCUAGCAGAGGAUCACAAAGAAGCCCAAAGAUUGCUGGAGGAAACAGGUCAUGAAGUAACAUCCAGAGAUUCAGCAAUCGCAGGUCAUCAAGAAACGAUGGAGAGUUUACGUAACGAGCUAGAAAUGAAAGGAGAGGAGAUAGAAACUCUCAUGGAGAAAAUCAGUAACAUCGAGGUUAAGCUUCGUUUAUCGAACCAGAAACUGAGGGUAACUGAACAGGUGUUAACAGAGAAAGAGGAAGCUUUCAGGAGAGAAGAAGCUAGGCACAUAGAGGAACAAGCAUUGCUUGAGAAAAGCCUUAAGGUGACUCAUGAGACAUAUCGAGGUAUGAUAAAAGAGAUGGCUGGGAAAGUGAACACAACACUUGAUGAGUUUCAGUCAAUGUCGGAAAAAAUCACGGAGAAGCAAGGGAAGUACGAGAAAACGGUAAUGGAGGCAUCUAAACUACUGUGGACUGCUACGAAUUGGAUAAUAGAGAGGAAUCACGAGAUGGAGAAGAUGAAGAAAGGGAUGGAGAGGAAAGAAGAGGAGAUAAAAAAGCUUGGAGAAAAGGUAAGAGAAGAUGAAAAGGAGAAGGAGACAAUGAAGGAGAAUUUGAUGGGACUUGGAGAAGAGAAAAGAGAAGCAAUAAGGCAAUUAUGUAUGUGGAUUGAUCACCAUAGAGGUCGCUGCGAAUAUCUUGAAGAGAUUUUGUCUAAGACCGUUGUGGCCCGAGGGCAAAGACAGUCGCAGCGAGCCUAAGAGCUGGUGCAAUGGUCGAAGACAGUACGGUACGUUGCAUUUCUUUCCCUCCUCACAUGAAUGCGAAGAAUGUAUAUGUGGUUCUUAGGUUUUGGUCAAUCAAGAAGUUGAACUUGUGGAAAACUUCUGGUCGAGAGGAUAUUUUUGGUGUGUUUGUGUUGGUGUAAUUUUGUUGCAUUAAUAUUCGUUGCCCCUGUGUUUUUGUUGCUGUUGUUUUUGUAAGUCAAUUUGUUUGUUUUUUUUAUUACUGAGGGCAAAGUUUGUUUGGUGGUGGGAUUUAAUGGGAAUAAAGGGCAUCACAGAAAUGAAUUUGAUAUUUUACUUCUGGAGGGGUGCAUUGUACAGAACGAAUGAUUAAUGUUGUUGGUAAAAUAGUAUUUUUGCGUC